CAUAUACUUUUUUCCUUUCCUUUUUGUUUUACUUCCUUACGAUGGCUCCCACACAAUCCUGGAAGACCAGGGCGUUUCAGGCUGGCCUGUUCACCUUGGCUUUCUUACCCGACCAUACAAAAGCACAGUGCAACCCUGGCCCAACAAAUCGAUCUGAUUUCUCCGCCGUAUAUCUUAAUAACGCAGUUUAUGUAGUUGGAGGCUCAAAAUCAACACUUAAUGUCAUGUCUCUUGACCUCUCGAAUGGCCUUGACAUCACUUGCCCUGACUGGAAAUCACCUUCAAAUGCCAUAACUCCCACUGGAGGAUUUCAACCAUUUGCUCAUGGCGUGGCAUUUGCUGGUCAGAACGGUCUUAUUUAUGCCCAGGCUGGUGACUCUGGUACCUCUCAGACAAGCUCAGUAGUAGCAUACAAUACAACCGGGCAAUGGUCUACAGCUAUAAUUUCUGGAAAACCUCUCGAAGAAAGAGCAGAAAUGACAGCAACAACAGAUCCUAGUUUAUCGAAUGCAUUUUAUUACGGUGGCCGUACUCCAAGCGAUGAUACUCUUGGUGGUUACAAUGAUCUUUAUUCUUUACGUAUUUCUGAUCUGACCUGGAUACAAUACAACCUUAUUUAUCCUUAUGGUACCCGUCCCAAUCGAUAUGCUCACACUUCUACUAUGGUACACAAUAAACUGUUUAUCAUGGGUGGAAUAAUUGUACCCACAGGAAAUGAAAACUUGGCGGAUUCUCUUGCCGACUUUAGAAGCGUUCUAGUGAUCGAUCCAUAUUCAUCUCAGUCCUUGACCAUUGCAACAUAUGGUGAUAUACCCCCUCCAAAACUAUACUACUCUGCUGUUCUAGGUCCUGAUGGUCAUUCGAUUGUUAUGUUUGGUGGUAGAAGCAGUUACUCCAAUUCAGACUUCUCUCAUAGUCAAGAUGUGUACGUGCUCGAUACUUGCAAACUAGUAUGGUCUAAACCUACCGUCAGUGGCACUCCACCCAUUGCCCGUGCUGGACAUGAAGCAGUUGUUUACAACCAAUACAUGAUAGUAAUGCUAGGUUAUACUAGUGAAGAGACCACCGCAGAAGCGGCUACAUAUACUGAUGAUGUUGGUAUCCUUGACAUGACUUCUUGGAAAUGGGUCAACAAGAUCUCCAAACAAGUUGUCACAAGUGAUACCAAUAACGGUGGGUCCUCGGCGGCUAAUCCAACCUGCUGGUUUAAUUUCCCUUCUUUCCCACUUGCCAACCAAGCAAACGGCACUGCACCUGUGCCAUACGAUAGUUCGGUAAUUUUGAACCCGUUCCUUGCACAGGAAAACACAUCGCACGAAGAAAAGGUAGAAGAAACAAAGAAGAAGGGUUUCGGAAUCUCUUUUGGUCUGUUCGGUUUCUUGCUUAUCUUGGGAGCCGGAAUCUUCUACCUGCGUCGCCAGCGACGAAAGGCUCGGACACUUAACCCUAGAUGGUUGCCUGGUGGUGUAUCCAACUCUAGACCCUCUGGCUUUGAAGAGCGACGAAACGAUUAUCCAUUGUUUGUCUAUGGUAACCGUGUUGAAAAGAAUGGCAACGAAGAUAAUACAGUGCCAGCUACUGGUGCUACUGCUACUACUACGGCCACUCCACCCCCAACCACAGGCGUCCGGACUUACACUGCAUCCGACAAUGAUGAAUGGGAACGAUCUCUUGGUAACCAGCAUGCUAACCCAGUGGAUAAUCAACCAUUACCCCGCCAUGUGGAUGUCUGGGAUCGUAUGCACAGCUUGAACGAAGACAGAAAAUAAGGACUAGUCACUUUUUUUUUAUUUUUCUUCUUCACUGCUCUCCCACACCACCAAAAUAAAGAAGGGAAAAUAAGUGAGUGAGCG